GCGAUAUCAAUGUGGGGAAGGGAGAACUACAGCGUAAUGUAAUAACUAAUAGCUGUCUUUGACUAACAAAAUAGCUUCACACAGCGUUGGGUUAUUUGCUUGUGUGUUGUGGAUUCCUGGUGCCAGAUUGUCCCACCAAUGAAUUGAAAUUUGCGUGACUUCAAGCAAGCAAGUUCGGCCGCCCUGCGUUCCCCUCCUCCAAAGCGCCAGCGCCAGCGCCCUCACGUUUUGUUCCGUCGGAGCCAUGCCACGGAAAGCAAUCGAUUCCAGGAUUACCUCCUUGAUUCGAAAUGGAAUACAGGAGAAGAAGAGAAGCUUUUUCGUGGUCGUUGGGGACCGCGCCAAAGAUGUCAUCGUCCACCUCCACCAUAUAAUGUCGAGCGUCGACGUUAAACAAAACAAGUCGGUUCUAUGGGCAUAUAAGAAGGAUCUGCUUGGAUUCACUAGCCACCGAAAGAAGCGCGAGGCAAAGAUCAAGAAAGAAAUCAAGAGAGGGAUACGAGACCCAAAUACAGAGGACCCUUUCGAACUGUUCGUAACCCUACAGCAAAUUCGCUAUGUUUAUUACAAGGAGACAGACAAAAUUUUGGGAAAUACCUAUGGGAUGUGUGUGCUGCAGGACUUUGAGGCACUUACGCCUAAUUUAUUGGCGCGGACUAUUGAAACAGUUGAAGGUGGGGGACUUGUCAUACUGUUGUUGAAGGGAAUGAAGAGCUUAAAACAGCUGUACACCCUCUCGAUGGAUGUCCAUUCCAGAUACCGAACUGAAGCCCAUGACGAUGUUGUGGCACGGUUUAACGAACGUUUUAUCCUUUCACUUGGAAGCUGCAAAUCUUGCUUGGUAAUAGAUGAUGAGCUUAAUGUCCUUCCAAUUUCUGGCGGCAAAUACGUGGAACCGCUCCCUCCAGCUGACCCAAGCGACGAGUCUACCGACCCAACGAAAAAGGAACUAAAGGAGAUCAAGGAUAAACUGGCAGAUACACAACCUGUAGGGUCCUUAGUCACUUUGGCGAAGACGGUAGACCAGGCGAAAGCUCUCCUCACAUUUGUUGAUGCCAUCGCAGAAAAGACCCUGCGAAAUACUGUCACCCUGACUGCUGCCCGUGGCCGUGGAAAAUCUGCUGCUCUUGGUGUUGCCAUCGCUGCAGCCAUCGCAUACGGCUAUAGCAAUAUAUUCAUUACCUCUCCAAGCCCGGAGAAUUUGAAAACUCUGUUUGAAUUUGUCUUCAAGGGGUUUGAUGCGCUGGGUUACUUGGAUCAUGUUGAUUAUACAAUUCUUCAAUCAACGAACCCGGAUUUCAAUAAAGCCAUUGUGCGCGUUAACGUCCACCGCCAACACAGGCAAACAAUCCAGUACAUCCAGCCCCAAGAUGCCUUUGCGCUUGGACAGGCAGAACUUCUGGUAAUUGAUGAGGCGGCUGCCAUACCGCUGCCGCUAGUACGAAAGUUAAUGGGCCCAUAUUUGGUAUUCAUGGCGUCCACCAUCAGCGGAUAUGAAGGCACAGGCAGAUCCCUAUCUUUGAAAUUAAUCCAACAGCUUCGAGAGCAAUCGAGAGGUGGAGCUAAGAGUGGGGAUGAUACCGACAUCGUUGACCGGGCGGCAGGAAAGUCCGUGAAGCAUGGAGAGAAAAAUUUCUCAGGCGGCCGGUCACUGCGAGAAAUCACUCUUUCAGAACCGAUUCGAUACGCGCCUGGAGAUUUCGUGGAAAAGUGGAUGAAUAAACUUCUCUGCCUUGAUGCAACCCUCCCCAAGUCCAAAGCGAAUACUCAGGGAUGUCCUCACCCAUCUCAAUGCGAACUUCUUCACGUUAACCGUGACGUCCUGUUCUCGUUCCACCCGCUCCCCGAAAAGCUUUUGCAGCAGAUGAUGGCCCUGUACGUCGCUAGCCACUAUAAAAAUUCGCCAAAUGAUCUUCAGCUCAUGAGCGACGCGCCCGCGCAUCAACUAUUUGUGCUGGUCCCGCCUACUUAUCCCAACAAAGUUCCAGAACCACUCUGCGUAAUCCAAGUGGCUUUAGAAGGUCGGAUAAGCAAGCAGAGCGUUUUGCAUGGUCUCAGCCGUGGACAACGAGCUGGAGGAGAUUUAAUACCUUGGCUUGUUAGUCAACAAUUCCAAGACGAGGAAUUUGCGGGACUUUCAGGGGCGAGAAUCGUGCGGAUAGCUACGAAUCCAGAUUACCUGGGCAUGGGAUACGGCUCGCGUGCCCUCGAGCUCCUUACUGAUUUCUUCGAGGGAAAGUUUGCAAACCUAUCAGAGGAAGAUAAUUACCCAUCCGACGAAUUGGUUAGAGUAACAGACGAAGAAUUGGCAAAUUCAAGCCUUCUGGAUGAUAAUAUUCGUAUCCGAGAUAUACAUUCCAUGCCACCCCUCUUUGCAAGACUUAACGAGCGGCGCCCCGACGCUCUUGACUACCUUGGUGUUAGUUAUGGUCUGACCCCUCCGCUUCACAAGUUUUGGAAACGUUCCCGCUUCGCUCCAGUGUAUCUCCGACAAACCCCCAAUGACCUAACCGGCGAACACUCCUGUGUCAUGCUCCGCACCCUAUCCACGGGGAGUAACGACACAAGCUGGCUUGGAGCCUACGCGCGUGACUUCCACAAACGUUUUCAUGCCCUGCUAUCGUACCAAUUCCGCGACUUCCCAUCCGUUCUAUCGCUCAGCAUCGGCGAAUCUGCCAAUGCAGUUUCAAAAUCCGCCCCAUCCUUCAAACCUUCCACUCUAACGAAGGCAGAUUUGGACGCCGCAUUUUCGCCCUUUGACCUAAAGCGUCUAGACAGCUAUGCAAACAAUCUACUCGAUUAUCACGUUAUCCUCGACAUGGUUCCCACGAUCGCAGACUUUUAUUUCUCCGGUCGUCUGAGCGGCGGCGUGAAGCUUUCCGGCGUCCAACAAUCAAUCCUGCUAGCUAUUGGCCUGCAGCGAAAGUCCUUUGACGAUCUCGAGAAGGAAAUCAAAGUAGCCGCUUCGCAGCUGAUGGCUAUGUUCAUAAAGAUUAUACGGAAAGUUUCUUCCCAUUUUAGGACUCUUGUCGAAGGCGCUGUAGCCGAGACACUGCCGCCUGCAGAUAUUGGCGUUGCUCCUAAGGAUGCCACUGGAGUACAUGACGAUGAAAUCAUUGAUGAUCGAUUCCGGCCUUUAGAAGUUGGCCUUGAUGAGGAGCUAAGAGAGGGUGGACAGGAGGUCAACAAAGAGCUGAGGGAAAAGCAAAGAGCCCUUAUCGACGCGUUACCACUGGACCAGUACGAAAUCUCCAAUGGAGCCGCUGCCUGGGAAGACGCAGAAAAACAGGUGCGCACCUCUGUCAGCAAGAACGGCAGUAUUCCAACAGUGAGCAUCAAGUCAUCAAAGCCUCUGAAGCGCAAGGCUGGUGAGUCUGCUAGGGAGAUAUACAAUCAGGAAAUCGAAAGUAAACGGGAGAAGAAGAUUAAGAAGGGGACAGAGAGUAGAAAGAAGUAAAGUGAGAGAGAUGAGUUUUUUACUCUGUUUUUUUUUCUUUUCUUCUUUUCUUACUGUCUUGUUAUAAUUACCCCUUCUUUUAUUUUUUAUUUUAUUUUUUUUGCAAUUUAGAUAUAUAUUUUUGUUUAUGUAAUAAGGUAGAAGGUAAUUUUUUUUCACUUUUCUGAAAAUUAAGUUAAAUUUGAGAUAAUUUUUAUACUUUUAUUUGUUCUUUUGCUGUUCUAUAUAUUGUUAACAUGUAUUAAUGUAUUUAUUUAAUGUUAUUUUAUAAUAGGCAAUUCAUAU